GGCGGCGGGUCCCGGGUCCAGCGAGAGCAGCAACGAUUUUCUAUUUUGUGCAUACAUUAUUUUGUAUAUACUGUAUAUGAUGACUUCGGUGAGCAGUGACCGGUCCAGAGGUGCUCGGGAAAAGCCACAGAUUUCAGCGACACAGGCAACACAACUGCAGAAACAAGUGGUACAGGCAACAGCUGAACAGAUGCGUCUCGCUCAAGUGAUCUUUGAUAAAAAUGAUUCAGAGUUUGAAGCUAAAGUUAAACAGCUUAUGGAGGUGACAGGAAAAAAUCAGGAUGAAUGCAUAGUGGCUCUGCAUGACUGUAAUGGAGAUGUCAACAAAGCUAUCAAUACAUUGCUGGAAGGGAAUUCAGACACUACUUCAUGGGAGACUGUAGGAGGGAAGAAGAAGAAUUUUGGAAAAGAAAGUUCAGAAAACAAAGAGAAUAGAGAGAAGAGAAGUGAGAGAGAAGUGAGCCGUGGACGCGGAAGCAACAACCGGAAAGUAAGAGGUGGCAAUCGUGGGAGAGAGUUUAGAGGUGAAGAGAAUGGAAUUGAUUGCAAUCAAGGGGACAAGCCUUCAGACCGUGGCAAGAGAGCUCGUGGUAGAGGGUUUGGACGUGGCAGAGGGAGAGGGGCAGGAAGAUUCUCAACGCAAAGCAUGGGGACAUUUAACCCUGCGGACUAUUCAGAUUCUCCAUCUAUAGAUGGGUGUGGGACAAAACAAGUAGUUUGGGAAGCUGCUCAGAAUGGUGCAGAUGAGGGAACUGAACUGGCAUCAAAUUCUCAAAAAGUAGCUCAGAAUCUGCCAAACAAAAAUUCUUUUGGACUCAGAGGGGCCUGGAAGAAUUCUGUGGACGAGUGGACAACGGAAGACUGGACUGAAGAUCUUUCUGAAACAAAGGUCUUCACUUCCUCAUCUGUUCCAGCAGAGCACCUUGCCACACCUGGGCAAAGUGUUGAUCUGGUAGCCUUGCUCCAGAAGCCUGUUCCUCACAGUCAAGCCUCAGAAGUCAACUCCUUUGAAACUUCCCAACAGCAGGGCUUUGGCCAAGCCCUUGUCUUCACAAAUUCUCAGCACAACAAUCAGCUGGCACAAGGGACUGGCAGCUCCACUGCUGUCAAUCCCUACCCACCUCAGAGUCUGUCAUCCGUCCUUGGUUCAGGAUUUGGAGAGCUCACACCUUCCAAAAUGGCAAACAUCACCAGCUCCCAGAUUUUGGACCAGUUGGAAGCUCCGAGUUUGGGCCAGUUUACCACCACCCCAAGUUCACAGCAGAAUAAUACAAGUCCUCCCACAACCGCUUCUUCUUGGGACCUCAAGCCCUCAGCAUCCCAGUCCUCAGUCCUUAGUCAUUUUGACUUCAAAUCUCAGCCUGAGCCAUCCCCUGUUCUUAGCCAACUGAGCCAACGACAGCAGCAGCAGACUCAGGCAGUCACUGUUCCUCCUCCUGGGUUGGAGUCCUUUCCUUCCCAGGUGAAACUCCGAGAGUCAGCACCCAGAGACAGCAGUACAUCCACUGUGAACAAACUUCUACAGCUUCCCAGCAUGACUGUCGAAAACAUCGCCGUGUCUGCUCACCAGCCACAGCCUAAACACAUCAAACUCCCUAAGCGGCGAAUACCUCCAGCUUCUAAGAUCCCAGCUUCUGCAGUGGAAAUGCCUGGUUCAGCAGAUGUCACAGGAUUAAAUGUCCAGUUUGGCGCCUUGGAAUUUGGAUCAGAACCUUCUCUCUCUGAAUUUGGAUCAGCUGCAAGCAGUGAAAAUAGUAGCCAGAUUCCCAUUAGCUUGUAUUCGAAAUCUUUAAGCAACUCUUUGAAUACCUCCCUAGCAGUGACCAGUGCAGUGCAGAACUCCACCCACACAACUUCAGUCAUUACCUCCUCCAGUCUGACCAGCUCAUCGCUGAGCUCCACUAGUCCCGUAACAACGUCUUCCUCCUACGACCAGAGUUCUGUGCAUGACAGGAGCGCAUACCAAAGCUCUAUGAGUCCAUCGGAGUCAGCUCCAGGAACCAUCACGAAUGGACAUGGUGGUAGUCGAAGUCAGCAGACAGUAGACACUCCUUCACCUGUUCCAGCUCCAAAGACAACAGACCCUCCCUCUGCCCUCCCAUCCGUGGGCUCCCUGCCCAGCACCACCUCCUGCACUCCACUUCUGCCCUCUGCACCCCAGCACACUGCCGCUCUGCCCUCCUUGUCCCAGCCUGGUGACCUGUCCAGCAGCCCCCUCUCUCAGCUUAGCAGCUCUCUCUCCGGCCACCAGAGCAGCCUCUCCUCUGCGCACACAGUGCUCUCCACCAGCACGUCACACACGCUCUGCUGCAUUACAUUAUUUAAUCAGGCCUCCUCUGAUGGAACUUUAGGGCCAUUUUCAGUCUUGAUACCUUGGAAAUACUGUGGGUUCAGUUAUAGACCACCACCGUGGGAAUAUUGUGGGAAACAUGCCGGCGUGGAGAGCGCCCCUUCCCUCCAGUCCUCAGCCACCUUCUCAACGGCAGCAACCUGUGCCUCGAGUGCCGCGUCCUCAGGGCUCAGCCUGCCGAGCAGCAUGAACACGGUCAACAGCCUCUGCCUGGGCGGUACCGCUGUGAGUGCCCCCAGCAGCAGUGCCAGGGCCACGCCCUUGGUGACCUCAGGCAAAGCGCCCCCCAGCCUGCCCCAGGGGGCGCCUCCCCUGCUGCACAGCCAGUACCUCGUGGGCCCCGGAGGACUGCUUCCUGCCUACCCGAUUUAUGGCUAUGACGAGCUCCAGAUGCUGCAGUCACGGCUGCCGAUGGAUUACUAUGGGAUUCCUUUCGCUACACCCACAGCCCUCGCCAGUCGAGAUGGGAGCCUCGUUAAUCAUCCCUAUUCAGGUGAUGUCACAAAGUUUGGCCGAGGAGACUCUGCAUCUCCUGCACCUGCCACCACCCUGGCUCAGCCCCAGCAGAGCCAGUCCCAGGCCCACCACACAGCCCAGCAGCCCUUUCUGAACCCUGCCCUGCCACCUGGCUACAGCUACACUGGCCUCCCCUACUAUACAGGCGUACCCAGUGCCUUCCAAUAUGGGCCCACCGUGUUUGUCCCCCCGACCUCAGCCAAGCAGCACGGUGUGAGCCUCAGCAGCCCCACCACCCCUUUCCAGCAGGCCAGUGGCUAUGGCCAGCACAGCUACAGCACAGGUUACGAUGACGUGAGCCAGGGGGCAGCAGUGGGAGACUACACCAAGGGUGGCUAUGGUGGAUCAUCGCAGGCACAGAACAAGUCUGCAGGUUCUGGGCCUGGCAAAGGAGUGUCGGCGUCUUCAAGCGCCCCCGGCCUCGCUGAUGUGACUGGGUCCGUCUACAGCAAGACUCAGACUUUCGACAGGCAGGGAUUUCACGCAGGGACCCCGCCACCGUUCAGCCUGCCCUCGGCCUUGGGCUCCCCUGGGCCCCUGGGCCCCGGUUACGCGCCCUCACCGCUUGUGCACGUCCUGCCCGCCCACCAGCAGCCUCACUCACAGCUGCUGCACCACCACCUCCCGCAGGAUGCUCAGAGUGGCUCCGGUCAGCGCAGCCAGCCCAGCUCCCUGCAGCCCAAGUCGCAAGCCUCCAAACCUGCUUAUGGCAACUCUCCAUACUGGACAAACUGAACCCUGAAGAGCAGGUGGGCCGGGGCGGGGCCUACCUCGGGCAGGAGAGAGCUCACGGAGCCCUUCCCCAGAGUUUCUGAGACGUGUAACUGUGUCAGCUGAGGCUCUGUGGGGAGCCUGCCUCCCAGACUCCCUGUUGUAUGUAAUGUAUUUAUGUAUGUAUUUGUAAAUGUGGUAGAAGGCUUGGGGGAGGGGGGAGCAGCUGCUCCUCUCCCCUCUCAGGCCCCUUCCCGCUGUCGGAGAAGCAGCCCCCUUCCCCCCUUCUGCCUUCAGGCCUUCUACAGAGCCCACUGGCGGGCAGCGUCUGGAAGGGCGGGCUGGCUUGAGGCAGUUUGGGGACUGGGGUCAGGUACCAAUGAAGAAUCACGACUCGUCUCGCUCCCUUGUAAACCAUUCGAGUUUUCGUCCCUGUGUAAUUACUUUAUCCCUUGCUUUUUGAGAAACUGGUCCUUUUGUCAUCUGUCAUGUUCCCCUCCCUCCAAACCUUGAUCUGGGAAUGGCAGAGAGAUAGCCCUGCCCCCCACCCACAUAGAGGUGGCACCUGUUUGUCUCCACAGAGAGCAGGGGCUUCGGCAUCUGGUCUGGUCUGGUCUUGUCCCCAGAGACUUGCCUUCCUCUGGCUGACCAUUUUUAAAAUAAUCUGGAUUUGCGCUCAGAGAUACUCAGCUGGUCAGCUCCCCUUUGAUUUUUUUUUUUUUUUUUUAAAGAUAUGCUUUCAUCUCAGUGACAGCAUGUCUCCAAGCAAGGCUCCUCUAUACCAGUCGUCCUGAACCACGUGGGUGACUGUUUCAGAGGUUUUCUCUUUUGCCCAAACUCCACCUAAUAAAGUUCUGAGAGCAUACUUGGUCUCUGUGUGAUGUGACUCAGGGAGAGCUCAGGGCAGAGACCAUCUUCAUUAUGGUUCCAGGGAUCCUGGACUUCACAGGGCUGAAGUAGAGCUCACGUGGUCACAGGCUUCUGAUAACAGGGUGUCAGGGCUUCAGUGGGUAUUUCUUGCUUUGCUGGGCCCUUCUCUUGCCCCCAAACAAUCAGCAUUCAGGGAGGGAAAAGGUAAAGGACACAGCUGAGGAGGUAGCUAACCCUCCUGACAGGCAGUGCCUAUCAGUGGUUACCUUUGUUUUUCUUGCAACUCUGUAACAGACUUAGGGGACAAGGCAGUCUCUAAAAGGGUCUUGUCAAUAGGAAUAUUAGGGUAGGGUAAUUUCUUUUCCAAAGGAACAAAGGUAAGAACUCUGAGAAUACAGUUCCAUGCCUGUGAGAGAGUAAGUUUGCACAGCUAAACCUCUCUGUCCUUUUCUCUUCAUCAACCAAAUGCAAUCUUGAUUGACCGCUGAGGACUGUGGCGGGACAGAUGACUAGUGAGCCAGGGUGGUGUGAAGUAGGUAAGUGGGUCCUGGGCUAAAUAUCUGCUCCAGAAAGUCCCAAGGAACCAUUCACCUGGGGCCAGGAUUCUGACUUCUCUUAAGCUCCUCCCUCCUGAUUCCAGGCCACCAGUCCAGAAGGAACUGGGGCCAUAAAACUAUCCAUGUGUCCGCCAGGAGGCAGAUCUCCAUGCUUGUCAGAGGCGCAGCUGUAUUCCAGCCUGGCAGCUAGCUCAAGGCCUUGAGGUGUUGCCCGAGGCAUUAUAGCGGCCUGUUUCAAGUCAGCGUGCCAGAACCAGCCCAGGGGUACAGUCUUUACCUUGUCUGUUUUUGACCUCCAAAAUCAAUGGUCAUUCAUCAGAUAGGUCAAGCACUGCUGGCUUUAAAAAAAAAAGGUAAGUGUCCACAACUGAAACUUACUAAAUUAUGUGAUCUGUUGCUUCCUGAUCCCUUCUUUGAGCAGCGGGAAGUUGACAAGUGACAAUGAAAACAAAAAACUUGCCUAAGGAGGGCAGUGGAGCACUCCUCCAUCACUUCACCGACCUAAUUGUACUGGCAGAUUGUGCCCUAUUUCAGAAUUAAGGUUAACAAAUGGCUUUGUCUUUAAUAACCUUUCUUAAAAGCUAGUAAGGAUGUGGGGAUAUUUAUUCUGCAAGGAGGUAAGCUGAGCAGACUCAAAAGGCUGGUGAGCAAGAUUUGUUUUUUUUUUUUAGUUUUUCAGCUGAGUCCUGUGCAUAAUCUGCAAGGGAACAGAGGAAGCAUUAAGACCACCUUUUAAUUUUAAUACACAAAAAAGAAGAGGGUCAUCCCAUGGGGAAGUAACAAUACAGGUAUAUUUUAUUUCACAUUUUAUUAGUAGACAGAUGGGCAGAAAAAGACAAAUAAACCACUAAAGGGGAAAUUGAACACAAAAUGCAUCAGAUAAUCUUUUCUCAUAAGUUAAACUGAAGAAAAACAUCUACAAUUUCAGCUAAGAAAACUAUUAAAGUCAGGUGUGUCCUGCUGGUUUCAGAAUAGUUGAAAAUUGCAUCUGAAUCUUUGUAAAUGUAAACCUUUUUAAAAAUCAGGAUGGGAGGGUAGAGAGUUAAUUAUCAGUGGAGAACUACACAUUUUCCCCUUCAAUCGCUUACUAUGUAUUUUCCAAACAUAAGGAAACCAGCAAAUAAAGAAGCAAAUAAUUACCAGGGAAGAGGAAAGAAGGGACUACAAAAAAGUUUGGCUAAUAGAAAAGGACGCUGGAAUGAUACGAAAUAAAAGUGGGGAAGACUGUGAGAAGCAACAACAGAAUCAUGAUAUACUUUCUCCACCCAGCCUCAAAACACACAGACCUGAAGAGCAUCCAGAGGCCUCCACUAGAAUCAAAAGGAACCUAAAAAUGCAGGAUGGAUCCUGAACUCGUGUUACACCAAAUAAUCAGCACAACUGUACUCACAAGAUUGUGGCCUAAGCCUAAGAUCUCCACUCCUGAAAGAAGUUAUGUGCUUCAGUUUUCUUUUGCCAUAGUAUGUGUUCACAGGACAGAGCUCUGGAACCAGCACCUGGGUUUUACAAGUCAAUCUUAUCAGAAUGUCCCACCUCCUAGCAAAUCAACACACCCCAGUCUUUUCUAGAACUGACGACUACUCUCAUCAGAGGCAAACCCAGCUCUCAAGAGUAACACCCCAAAGGCUGAGAGGUACAACCUCCACCUGGCUCUCCGAGUCAACGUAAAACAGAGGCCAGCAGGGCCUGUGGGACAGGGCUGAGCAGCUCAGCACCUCCCACAGUGUUAAGGAGUCUGGCCUGCCCUGGGGGAGAGAUACUUUGGCAGGAAGAGAAAAGGCUUAGUUUUAGGGCUCCGAGAGAGCGUAGACCAAGCACGCGGCGCACGCGUGUGUGUUUUGGAAGUGUGGAGUGAUUGAUUGAUAGGGGUGAUCAGAGCAUUAUGAGUAUGUGUGGGGCGAAAAACUAGUUUCUACGUCCUUCUGCGAGAGUUUGCACUCAGUGUUUUGUCACAGGAGAGCUGCUCUGUUCUCUGAAUCUGACUGGAGUCACUUGACUCAGGGGUGCAAGUAGGCCAUGGAGUUUGGACAGAUUCUGGGACCAGGCUCAACAGUGUCCCAUGUGAACCUUAGCACGUUCAACAUUCCCACUUUUUAAAGACUAGAUUCCGGAGAAGGCUGCUGGGAAUUAGUUGGCAAACGUUUGGAGAGUUUGAAGAGCGAAUGAAAACCCUGAGAUCAGAAAGGAAGGAGGAACUAAGGACCUAAGUAUCACAGACUGUGUCCUAGGGUCCAUCCUACCCCUGUCCCUCAUCAACCCUUUCGUUCUUUCUGAGCUAUACGAUCUGAAGAAAAGGAGUUGAACGCUAGCGCGCAGGGAUCUGAAGUAGGUUUAUAGCGGUAUUUUCCCCACUGAAAGAACACUGCCCUCCUGUGAACUGACCCGCCCCCAUAAGAAACAAAAAUCAUCGCCAAGUACUGAAGAAGUCCCUGGUUGGUGAAGGCUGAUGGAACUCGGUAUUGAUUGAAGUAACACACGAUGGACACAGGGGAAAUCAAGGCUGCAGCAAUUGCGUGGCAGGAAGAUCUAGCGUUGCCCAGACACUGCUUGCAGCCAACUCCCUUGGCUCUGCCAGAAGAGUCAAAGAAGCUCAGGGGAAAGCUCCAUGCACAACUUCUGCUUGCACUCCACAGCCCGAGCACAUUGAAAGGAGAGAAAAGUCCAGGUCACAUCCAGUGAGAAAAGCGGGAACCGGUCACUCAUGUCUCACAUAUAUCCACAGUUACCACUAUCAGUAUAAGCAGCUCAGUGAAAACCAAAAU